AUGAUGUGGUUAAAGUGAAAGGUGAAUACAGUGAAAGAGAGGAGAGUGCUUUACAUUCAGAGCCUAUGGAAAAUACAGAAGAAUCUGAAAUACCUUACAGCUAUCCCAGAGAAUAUAACGAGUAUGAAAGCAUUAAACUGGAGAGACAUUCUGGUUCAUAUGACAACAUCAGGCCAGCUAGUGGAAAGAUGAAUUGUGAUAUCUGUGGAUUAGCCUGCAUUAGCCUCAAUGUCUUGAUGGUUCACAAGCGUAGCCACACUGUGGAGAAGCCGUACAAGUGUGAGUUUUGUGGAAGAAGCUACAAACAAAGAAGCUCAUUAGAGGAGCACAAGGAGCGGUGCCGUACUUACUUGCAGAAUGCUGGCGUGUGUGAGACGGCAAACGUGGAGGCAAGGCACAUGAAGGCAGAGAUGGGGAGUGAAAGAGCCCUUGUGCUGGACAGGCUAGCGAGCAACGUGGCAAAGCGGAAAAGCUCAAUGCCUCAGAAAUUUAUUGGUGAGAAGCGCCACGGUUUCGACGUGGGCUACGGCUCCGCGUUCCUGUACGAGAAGGAGAGCGAGCUGCUGCAGGGCCGCAUGAUGGACCAGGCCAUCAACAACUCCUUCCGAGUGAGUCGGGAGGCCGCAGUGUCACCCGAUCAUCCGGGGACGGCCCCGGGCGGCAGCCUGGACCGGAGCGCGUGGAGCCGCUUCCCGCUUUCCCGGAGGCUCCUCGGCGCGCCCGGCCGCAUCCUUGGAAUCGCCCGGCUCCUGCUCUCCCGCUUCCUGUCGUUCCCGGAGAAGGUGAGCGCGAGGGCCGGGCUCCGCGGGGGGCAGAGCUGCCAUUCCCUGGAGGCUCCGCUUUCCCAGCGCGGCCUGGGCUUUUCCAGCGGGUCCGUGCCCGGCCCGAGGGCUUUGCCGAGCGCCUGGGCCGGACAAGGGCGAUAG